CAGUGUGCAGUUUUGCAGUUCUUAAAAAUGAUAAAUUUAACAUUUCGAAUUCAAUUUCAUUUUAGUUCUUCGUUGUAGCGCUCUGAAAAGGAAAGGAAGUCUUUAUUUUUGUAGAAAAGUCAAGUCAUAACUUGGCGGUCCGUAUAUUGCAAGAAGUAUGGAUAUUAAAGAAAAAAUGCUUAUCAGGAGCACGCUUAUUGCCCGAGGACAGGCAAUGUGUUUGAAUGAAUUUUUAAAUUUAUAUAAAUUGUUCGUUGGCAAGCCCCUUCCUUAUUUACAGUUAGGUUUUGGUUCACCAGUUGAUAUGCUGUAUUCCCUACCUGAUGUGGUUCAAGUUACAGAAGAUGGUGAUAAAUAUUUUAUUAAAGCAAUUUUUAAUGACGAAACAAAGCACUUAGAAAGACUGAUCCUUAAUCAGAGGUCCUCUGAUGGAGUUCGUAAAAAGAAAGAGGAUUAUUUUAUUGUUCGUCCCGAUACGUUGUUUCGUCUUUCAUUUGUGCAUGCUAAAUUGAAAGCUGAAAUACUUCAUAUCAUUGCGCAUUUUAAAGGAUACAUUCAAUUUGUUUUACUACCUUUAGCAUAUGAAAAAAUUCUCAAAAAACCGUUAAUAUUGAAAAACGGUCUUACAAGCCUAGCAGAAAUCCUUUAUCCUAUUAAACAAAUAAAACUAUUGCAGUUCAAUAAAAAAGUAAUAGUUUGUGAUACAGAGUAUGAUCAAAAUUUGGUGCUCAACUGCAUGUCAUCUGAUCUAGAAAUUCAGAAUGAUGAAAAUCUGAAACUUAGAAUCCUGAAGUGCAAUCAAAACUUUGACAAAUCUGGAAUUUCCAAAGAAGUGCAAAAUAUUUUCAUAAAGGUUAUGAAGCAGAAUCCUGAUGGGGUCUUAGCUAUGGAUUUCCCUUCAUCAUGUGAGGCUGUUGCAAAUGGCAGUUUCAAUCUUCAUGCUUUUGGAUAUGUAAACUUGGUUGAAUUGAUCGAUUCCUUGCCAAGCAUUUUUAGGCGAGAAGAUACAGUAGGGGAUGAUAAGAAUUACCUUAUAUUGCCUGCUAACACUCUUCAAUUGUGAUACUAGUCAAUGCUUAAAAUAAAAGAAAAUACAUUUUUUAUGCAUUAUGUUUAAAACGCUGUAAGCAUAACUCUUGUUAAUAAAAUAUUUUAU